UUAAAGUGAAAGUUAUUGAUUUAAUUGUCUAAAAAUCAAAGUGUAUUAAUAAUUACCGGAACAAUUUAGUUAAAACUGAUGGUAGUUAAUUCAUUUACCUAAUCUAAUUAAUCUCUAGUUAAUUUGAUUGAUUUGGGUUUUACCUCGAGGAAUCAAUUAACAAUUUAAAUCGAUUCAAUUUGUCUUCAGCUUUGCAACAAUUUAACUUUAAUUGUGAUUUAUUGUCAAUCCCAACAAUUGAUUUCAUUUAGUGAGUGAAUUUUUUAACAAUGAUUUAGUUAAUUGCUGAGUCAAUCAAUGAUUUAGCAAUUUAGUUACCGUUUCUUUUACCAUGAUUUACAAUUAAUUGUAAAUAACGAUGAUGGGAUAAAAAAAAAUCUCCUUUAGUUAAUCAACAAUUAAGGUAACAAUUUAUUUCCGUAAUCAUGGGUGAGUUGACUUUCUUCAUUAUUGUUUCAACUUUCCAAUCUCAUUCAAUUUGUCGCUUAAUUGUUGAGGUCAUCUACUGAUUACUAUUUACUUUAUUUACACUGUUUACCUUAGUAAUUAAAAAAAUGAAGAUUUACAAAAUGAACAAUUAGUUUUAAUUGUCCACUUACUGAUUGUCCCUCACUUACAAGUUAAAUCAUAUGUUUCCUUAUUUACAGUAAUCAUCAAGUUUGUUUACCUUUGUAUGUGGAUUAACUGUUUUAAAGUUCAAUUGAUUAACCAGAGAAAAACUUUCUAAUUCUAAUCACCAGUGAAUUGGUCAACAAUUAGACUGUUAAUUAAUCACUUUCAUCAUACCAGAAUCAACUAAUUACUGCAACGAGAAGGAAAGUGACAGAGAACAACCAGAAAUGGGCUACUCUGUACAGUACUUCUCGUGUGCUAAAGUUUGUCUAAUAUUUUUCAAUUUUAUCCUAUGGUGUUCCGGAAUGACAUUGAUAGGAAUUGGACUCUGGUUCAGAAUCGAUCCUAAAAUGUAUGAGCCAACCUUAUACAUCGAUACCGAAAACUUUAUCAACGUUGGUUGGAUUAUGAUGUUCAGUGGAUUAGCGAUCGUUAUAUUAUCGUUUAUUGGCUGCAUUGGGACAUUAACAAAUUCAACAUGUAAAUUGGGCUCGUACAUCUUUAUGAUGGCCCUUUUGAUUGGACUUGCAAUCGCUUGUGUAGUUUUGGCUUCAACUCAUGGUUUCGGUGAAAGAUUGGAAUACUAUGUAACUCAACAAGUUUUAAUCCAAAUUCAACAAAGACCAUUCAGUGAAAAAUCUCGAGAGCUUCUUGAUUUUGUUCAAGUAAAGUUAAAAUGUUGUGGUGCUGAAAACUUCAAUGAUUACCAUCGAUAUGGUUUGGAAGUUCCUGUCUCAUGUUAUCGAGAACAAGCUAAUUUCAUUAACCAAGAGGGAUGUGGUCGAGUUCUUGGUCGUUUCUACGAUUUAAGAGGUGGAAUCGCUCUUGGUUUGAAUGGAUUCACAUUAAUCAUCGAAUUUGUUUGUCUGAUUUUUGCAAUAUCACUUUUUUGUGUAAUCAGACACACAGAACUUGAUGAUUAACAAUAGGAACAAUAAAUCAACACCCGCCAUCAUCAUUAACUAAAUCACAAACUUCAAGCUCAUCGAUAAAACAAACUUUUAUUUAUUGAAAUGAUUUUCUGUCUUUUUUUACCUUAAAAUUUUAAUCUAUUGAUAAUCUAAUAUUAAUAGAAUCUUUAGUCAAAUUAAAACAUUCAGAACUUUUUCAAUUUAAAUUGUAUGAUAUAAUAAGUACGGAAUUGGAUUAUCUACUGAAUAUCCAUUUAGAUCGAUGUGAGACAUCAUAUCGACCAACAUUUGAGAUCAUGCGAAGCGAAAUGAGGUUAAAGAACUUAACAAAAUGGAUAAGGCCAAUCCUUUCCGCGUUGGACAUUAACCAUUGUUUAAUUAAUUGCUUCUUAUUGGGUGGUAAGGUACUGUACCAUUUGCGAAUAGAUCGACACAUAAGAAUCGCCACUAAUUUACCAAGUGGUCAGAGUAUAACCCAAACAAUGACAGGAACAUGACGACUGGAGGCCGUACGAAAGUGUCUCAGGCCACAAGAGUUCCAUUGAUCAGCCUGUUUUCGUAAUGAUAGAUUAUCAAAAUUGCGGUUGGAAAAUGAUUUAGCUAAAUUUGGAGAAAAUUCAAAAGAAUCUUUUUAUUCUAAUGGGAUGUUAUUGAACUAGAAUCUCCAAGAAAAAGAGAGAGAGAGAUAUAAAGUAUCUUUGUACUGAACUUCUGAACUUUCAGAAUCCUU